AUGCUUGUUGCCAUGGAAUUCGAUUUGUUCAUACUCAAUGGUGUCGUGGUAUUGGAAAAUGAAGUUGGAGAGUUCGAUAUAGCGAUCAAGGACGAGAAGAUCGCCAAAGUGGUGCCGAGAGGAGGUUUAGAAGGGAUGGUCACAAAAAAGACAAUUGACGCGCAAAAUGGGUGUGUCAUGCCUGGUGGUAUUGAUUCUCAUGUGCAUCUCAAUGAACCAUUUAUUAUGGCAGGAGGUCGAUGUGCAGAUGACUAUGAAUCAGGCACUCGAUCUGCAAUCGCUGGAGGCACCACCACCAUAAUAAGCUUCGCACCACAAUCUAAGAACGAACCCUCCCUCUUGGCCGCCCUAAAAGAAACCCACGAGCUUGCAGACUCAAAUUGCUACAGCGACUAUUCAUUUCAUGCGCUCUGCACUUCAGCUGGUCCUCUCGCUAUUUCUGAGUUUCCUGCACUUCGAGCUGCUGGUAUCUCCUCGCUUAAAUUCUUUAUGGCAUUCGAAGAUCUCCAAUUGCAUGACGACGAGAUUCUCGAUGUCCUCCUCGCCGCACGGCGAAAUCAGAUGACUCUUCUCGUUCACGCCGAGAACGGACAGGUGAUCUCGUGGAUGACAAAGCAACUGGAGAAAGAGGGUUUAUUUGAUCCGAAGUGGCACAUUAGCUCUCACCCACCUGUUGCAGAGACGGAAGCUGCGAGUAGGGCGAUUGCGUUGGCAGGAUUCAUUGAUGUACCCAUUUUAAUCGUCCAUGUCAGCCAACCCGCUGUGGCAGAAACUAUUCGAGCGGCCAAGAAGCUCGGAUUGCCAAUCUUUGCGGAAACUUGCCCUCAAUAUCUUUUCUUGACUAGAGACGAUCUUGAUAAACCAGGGUUUGAAGGUGCAAAAUGCGUGUGUAGUCCGCCUCCAAGGAAUGCUUCCGACCAUGAGGGUAUUUGGAGGGGACUUGAGGAUGGAACGUUAACGGUCUUUAGCUCGGAUCACUGUCCAUUUGUUUACGAGGAUGAAAAUGGAGGAAAGAAGUCUUCAAUUAGUAAGGAGUACCCAAAUGGUAGAUUUCAGUAUAUUCCAAAUGGCUGUCCGGGUGUCGAGACGAGAUUGGCUUUGGCUUUCAGCGCAAAGCGAUUAAAGCUGCAAAAGUUUGUCGAGGUCAGCGCGACUUAUGCUGCGAAGAUGUAUGGCUUGUACCCGCAGAAAGGGGCAUUGAUUCCUGGAAAAAGCGAUGCGGAUGUCACAAUUUGGUAUCCAGAAGAUGAGAGCUUCACACUCAGUAAUAAGAUGUUGCACCACAACGUGGACUACACACCUUAUGAAGGUCAGACCUUGAAUCAGUGGCCAAGGUACACGAUACUGAGAGGCAAGGUAGUCUGGGAUAGAGACGCUGGAGGUGUUGUUGGCAAUAAGGGUUAUGGAAAGUUCUUGGAGAGAGGAGUGAGUUCGUUGGCUGCACCAUUGAGGCCAGAGCAUGACUGGAAUGCGAGAGAUUUCUAG